UACCAUUGCAAUUAGUCCUCGAGUCAAAAGGGGAAUUAUGAGCAACAUGUUGGAGGAGUAAAUAUAAAUAGUUCAUAUAAACAGUUAAUAUAAAUAGGGUAAUUCUCUAUUUUUUACCUAAGUUGAUAUAUUUUUUAAACCAGUACUUUUGACAUGUUUAAACAAAUUUUUGCACUUAUUCCAAUUAUUGCUGCAGUUCUUGCUAAUGAAAAAACCAUUUUAUUAUCAAAUGAUGAUGGAUGGGCAGCAUUAAAUAUUAGAGCCGCUUACAGAGAAUUAACCAAUGCUGGUUAUAAUGUUAUUCUUUCAGCACCAGCAAGACAAAGAUCGGGAUGGUCAGGAAAAUUCCAAAUACCCGAUUCAAAAACAUUAAAAGAAGCCGGAGAAUUCAAUUAUCCACCAAAAGGAUCACCAUCAUGGGGACACGAAUCCGAUAAUAAUAAAAUUUGGUAUUUUGACGGUACUCCAGGGGCAGCAGUUGCCUUUGGAUUAGAAUACGUUAUUCCAAAUUAUUUUAACGAUACAAAAGUUGAUUUGGUUGUUAACGGUCCAAAUGAAGGUACUAAUCUUGGUAAUGGGAUGUACACCAUUAGUGGUACCAUUGGUGCUACUUAUAAUGCCGUUUAUAGAAAUUAUCCAGGAAUUGCAAUUAGUGGUUCAAAUGGUAAUAAUUCAUUUUUCAAAGAUUUUGAAAAUGAUGAAAAUGAUACUUUAUUAGCUGCUAAUAUUUAUGCUAAAAAAGUUGUUCAAUUCGUUGAUCAAUUAUUCAAAGGUGCUAAAGAUGAUUCUAUAUUACCAAUUACUACUGGUCUCAAUAUUAACUUCCCAUCGGUUGGUUAUGACGAUGAAUCUUGUAAAGAUCCAGAAUGGGUAUUUACUAAAUUUAGUGGUAAAGAUUCAACUACUUCUGAUCUUAAAUAUAAUAAAGAAUCAGGGUUAUUUGAAUCUUCCUCAAUUGGUUCUGAAGCUUUAUACACUUGUGUCUUUGGUAAUUGCAGUUUAGAAGGUGAAUCCCAACUUUUGGCCGAUAAAAAUUGUAAAACUUCCGUUUCUGCCUUUUCAGUUGAUUACAGUGCUAGUAAAGAUCAAGAAGAAACCAUUCAUGGUGCUUUAAAUGGUCUUUUCUAGAUCAAUACCCCUUUUUCUUUAAUUCUUUCGUUUUAUUUUGUUUCGGUUUUAUCUCUCUUUUCAAUUAAAAGUUUAAUAUAUGAACCCUUUUAGCCCUCAGUAAUUCAUAUCGGCUAAUCCUAGUUUAACGGUGAUUUGUCGACUAAUAUGUAAACAUCUCCUAAUAGAAGAUUUUCUCAAUUAUUGUUCCUACUAGGCUGUUAGCUGGAAACCAUCGCUAAAAACUUUGCAACCCGCCUUACACCCACCA